AUGCCUAAGAGUGCUUUGUUGAAUUCCAAUCUCGCCGUUGCCCGAUUCUAUUGGAAAUUUAAAGCUUCUAAGUUACCUGAGACGAUAUGCAAUUUGCCUGAUUUGCGUACAUUGUCAUUGUCAUAUUGUGGUCGCCUUAGUCGCUUACCAAAGAGUAUGGCAAGACUGACCAACUUGCGCCACGUCAACAUUGAGGGGACUUAUUUAGAGGAGAUGCCACCUCAAAUGUCUGCGUUGAAAUUUCUUGAAAAACUAAGUUAUUUUAUCGUAGGCAAAGAUAGUGGAUCGAGUAUUGAAGAGUUAGAAAAGCUUUCAAAUUUGCGUGGUAGUCUUGGUAUCAAAAGGCUAGAGAAUAUUGUAAACGUUGAGGAUGUUUCAGUGGCAAAUGCAUUAAUGGAUAAGAAGUACCUUACCGGACUGAGUUUGGAGUGGGACAAUGAUGUUGAUGAUUCACAUAAAGCAAAAAGGUUAUUAGAAAGACUUGAACCUCGAAUAAAUGUGGAAGAGUUGGCAAUUGCAAAUUAUGGAGGUACAAGCUUUCCCGACUGGGUAGGACGUGAUUUGUUCUGUCGUUUGGGAAUAAUGAAGCUAAAGAAUUGUAGAUAUUGUUAUUUGUUGCCGCCACUUGGGCAACUUCCCUCUCUCAAAGAGCUGUGUGUGGAAGGGUUUGAUAUGGUGGAGAGAAUAGGGCAUGAAUUUUACUGCGGUGGUUCUUCUUCUAAUUCAAUGACUAGGCCAUUUAAGUCGUUAGAAGUCUUAAAAUUUUCGUACAUGUCAAGUUGGGAAGAGUGGUUGCUGAUGGAAGGUGAGCAAGAAGUUGGAGCUUUCCCUAAACUUAGACAGCUUGAAUUAAAAAAUUGUCCGAAGCUAAGUGCAGCCUGCUUGCCUGAUUAUCUUCCAUCCUUAAAUACUCUUGUAAUCUCGGGAUGCAAAAGGCUGCUGGCUUCACUCCAAGCUGAUCAACUUCCAACGCUCGAGGUGUUGGAAUUAUCUGACUGUCAAGAAGUGGAGUCAUUUCCAGGAGGGAGAUUGCCCUCCACUAUCCAUACAAUCCGCAUUUCGCGUUGCAGAAAACUGGUCUCACUUUUGGAAGAGGGAUGGCCUUCGAAUUUAAAAUCACUUUCAAUUGGGGGAUGCGAUAAGCUAUCUAAUAUCAACAUGCAGUGGAAUCUGGGGAUGCUCACCUCUCUUACAUCUUUAAAAAUCUCCGGGCAAAAUGUAGCGCCGGAUUCAUUCUUGGAGGAAGGACAACUUCCCAUCACCCCUCACUUCUCUCACUCUUUUUUAUAUUCCCAAUCUUAG